AUGUGGGAUCCAGAGGAGCGAAAAUGCUACAUCAUUGACUACGAAGAAUGCGACAUUGUUGAGGGCGAGGCACAGAUGCCGGAAGAAUUUACCGAUAAGCAAUUUGAGUGGUGGGAUCUGACCGAACGUCACUUCUGUCACAAUUUUGUCUGA